AUGGAGGAAGAGCUGCGGCGCGUGCAGGUGGCCCGCCUUCGCCACAGCCUAAAUUCUGCUGGCCAGCGCGAGGGGCGGCUGAGGGAGAGCGUGCACCAGCUGGAAUCCCAGUGCAACGGGCUGCUGGCCAAGGCCGACGCCAGGGAGACAGAGGCCCACCGGCUGAGGGACCUUGUGAAGCAGCUGGAAGAGCAGGGCCAGUUGGUGCCGCUGCUGCUGCAAGGGGACAUCCCAGGCACCCUGAGCUUCAACACAGGGACCCUGGACUCUGAGCUGCGCACCCUGCUCGCGGCCGCCCAUGGCGUCUUCAACGCCCUCAAGCCCUGCACCAGGCGCUUGCCUGCCCUGCGGGAGCUGCUCGGCCGCCUGCCCACCCUCUCCACCGCGCUCGUGCACUCGGGCGACGACGUGCCGGGGCUGCAGCUGCGGCAGGCGGCGCUACUGCAGGAGCUCUGGGGUGUUCUGGAGGGCGAGCUCUGGGCGCCCUGCAGUGGCGCCGUCGGAGGCAGUCUUGGGGUGCUGCCGCCAGGCCUCGCGGCCGCUGCUGCACUGUUUGCCGGGAAGCAGUCCGUGCUGGCAGCAGUCGAGUCCCUGAUCGCAGCCGCGACACGUGAUGGUGGUGAGGGCUGUGCAGCGCUCAUGGACCUCUCCAACAGCCAGCUCCAGGCAUACCGGCAGGCAGCACGCGCAGCCUAUGACGCCCUCGCAAGCGACGGGGGCGACGCCAGCCGCUGCCACCCUGCGGGCGGCUGCAGGGCAGCAGAUGCCGGCCUGGAAGGCGCAGGGAGCCUGUCGCGUCGCUGCCUUGCCGCCGUGCUGGAAGCAGCAGGUGCUAGCUGCGACGAGGCGUCAGGGCUGGUGGAGGAGGCACUCAGCCUGAAGGCACCCCGCAAAGUCGACGGCCGCCGCGUCGCGCCCGGCGCAGCGCUGGCGGCCGCCCUCGACGCCCUCGUGGUCGCGGCCGCACGCACCCGCCUCGCCGCCGAGGCCCUCAACCCGCUCCUGCGCGUGUCCGCGGAGCCGGCCUCGGCUGGCGAGCUGCUGCCGGGCGAAGAAGAUUCCAACGUGCUCGAUGAGAUCAAGGCUCAGCACCAGCAGGGCGGCACCAGCCAUUUUGACACCGCUGCUGCUGGCCAGGAGUGGGAGGCAGAGCUGUGCUGCUCGCGCCCAGGUGUGCGCCUGGAUGCGGCGCUUGUUCGCGAGGCAUCGUGGCUGCCGGCCGGCGAGGGCGGCCGCCCGCACGGGCCGCCCACGCGCACCGUGGUCAUCAGGCGGGAGGUCUGGGUGGUGCGGGGGGCGGCAGCAGCACCCGCCGCCGGCAGCGGCGGCGGCGGCCUAUGCAGAGCCGCAAAAGGAGGCAGCAGGCCUGGAGCCACUGCUUACUUUGAGCACGUCAACAACUCAGCCUGA